CCCAAUUUAGUCAUAUCCCCCAACAUCCAUUUCUUAAGAAAAAACAAAUGGCAGCACUGAAGCUUAUACUGCUAGCAGCUGUGCUCUCUCUUUUCUGCUUCUCCGGCACGGCGAAUUCCGCCACAGUCGCCACCAGUUUCAUCAAGAGCUCGUGCAAAUUCACCACUUACCCUGAAGUAUGCUUCACUUCCUUAGCGGGGUUCGCACCAGCCAUAAAACGUAGCCCACAACAACUAGCACAAACUGCGUUGUCAGUGAGCCUUGACAGGGCACAAUCCACACAAGCAUUUGUCAACAAGCUGUGUAAAUUCAAGGGGUUGAAGCCAAGAGAAUAUGCAGCUCUUAAAGAUUGUGUGGAACAAAUGAGCGAUACAAUUGACAGGAUAAGCAAAUCUGUUAAGGAGCUAAAGAAUAUGGGGAGCGCCCGUGGGAAGGAUUUUGAGUGGCAUAUGAGUAACAUAGAGACGUGGAUCAGUGCUGCUCUUACAGAUGAAAAUACUUGCGGAGAUGGGUUCGCUGGAAAGACUUUCAAUGGUAGGAUUAAGGCUUCGGUUAGAGCUCGGGUUACUCAUGUAGCUCAGGUCACUAGCAAUGCGCUUGCACUAAUCAACCAGUUUGCUGCAAAGCAUUAAGCUAGUUUAUGUUUUCACAUUUUGAGCGCAUGUGGUUUUGCCUUUUUUGUUUUCCUCUUAUUCUUUGUUUUUCUGUGUUAAAGUUUUGGUUUGGGGAACUGUAAAUGUGAAUGAAACUUCACAUGGUAAGUAUAAAGUUGACAAUGGAACAUGUGGGUACUGGUUUUUUGUCUCCUUGA